CUCCUCCCUGACAUUAUCUUUUGUGUCGCGUAAAAUAUUAAGAAAAACACUGUGAAAAUCGUUACGAAGCAACCGAAAAUACAAAAAAAAAGGUUAAUAACACAACGGUUCAAUGUGGCAGAUAAUGCAGGCGUCGCAGCACUAAGCGCUCGGUGCACUUCGCGUUUUGUGAAUUAAACGUAUGCAACCUACUUACAUUUACAUUGACCACAACAACAAAAACAACAGCAACUAAAGAAAACAGAACAGCAGCAAGCCAACAACAAAAACAACAGCAACAACAAUAAACAGUAUGUACAACAACGGCGCACGGGGCUUCUCCAUACACGACGCAUUCGAGGAGGAAGAAGAGGAGGCGAUACGCGUCUAUGGCUCUACAGUGAUUUCGACGCCAAUGCGAGGUGGCGUUAGCGGCAGUGCCAAACAAGGUCGCUCCACCGAAGAUGUAUCCAUACGCAUACAGGAUCCAAAGGGCUACAACAAAUAUGCCGAAGAUACAACGUCGCGGGACAGUGACUCGCUAAUACAGGAAUACGGCAAUUUGCCGACGGAGGAGACAAACACAUAUUGCUGGCGGCAUCCCAAAGUGCGGGAGAAUUGGCGCACUGUCCUUGCUGCGUUCACGCUGCUGGUCGUUGGCACUGGUCUAUUUGUGAUGGGCACAUUUGCCAUCGCCGAUCCACACAAUACAUCACAGGGUGUUGUAUUUUUUGUUGCUGGACUCAUUUGCUUUAUACCGGGCGCCUAUCAUGUCGUCUACAUUUGGCUGGCGGCCAAGGGAUAUCGAGGGUUUGACUUCUAUCACUUGCCUUUGUUUACAUAGAUGUGUGUGGUAUUGUGUGGUGUAAAUGAAUGUUCGUCGUCAUCGCAUUGGUUGAUCCAACUGAUCCAAUCCAAUUGAAUCCAGCGCAAGCCCCCUGUCUAUAUACAUAUAUUUAUAUAUAUAC